GGCAGGUCUCCUCACGCACUCGGCUCUUCUCAUUGGAUUUGGGAUUCCCUAGCCGUCCUAACCCGGCAUCUCCUGUUCCAGUGCGCUGUUCCCAGCCUCCUGACACCGGAGGCAGACGCAUCUUUGGUCUGGGACUCUAGAAUUGAUUCAGGAAAAUGAAUUAUAUGAUGCUGUUGUAGAACAAACUCUGAUGGUCUGAUCCAAAGAUGGUGGUGGUAAGUCUGAGAGGGUCUGAACCAGGGAAGUUGCCUCAUUCUACAGAAAGACUUAAAAGGCAGGUCUUCUCAUGCACCCGGCUCUUCUCAUUGGAGUCGAGAUUCACUAGCCAUCCUAACUGGGCAUCUGCUGUUCCAGUGCGCUGUUCCCAGCCACCCCACCCCAGAGGCAGAUGCAUCUCAGCUCCAGGUCUGUCCCAGCCCAAACCCCAGCCAUGGACAGAGCCCUGCCGCCACAGCAGGAUGCAAGGGAACGGGAGCUCCGGGAUCAGGGGCCCCCCUGGAGAGCAGGGAGUCCUGCCCCCCCUGCAGCCACUCUGAGGGUCCUGAUCCUCGCCCUGCUCUGGAGGGAGUCCCUAGCCCAACAGCCUGGAUUUACCCUGAAGGUGCCGCAGUUGGUGUCGAUGCAGGAAGGUCUCUGCGUUCUCGUCCUCUGCACCUUCGCGUACCCAGCCUCGUACGACACUAAGAAUUCCCUAGCCCGGCUCUACAGAUACUGGUACAAGGAUCCAGCCGAUGUGAGUCAUGAUUCGCUCGUGGCCAGCAGUGACUCCAGCCGGGAGGUGUCGCAGGAGACCCAGGGCAGGAUCCAGCUGAUGAUGAAUCCAGCCGACGGCGACUGCUCCCUGCAAAUAAGUGAUGCCCGACGGACGGAUGCGGGGAAAUAUUUCUUUAGAGUCGAGAAAGGAACAUUGAAAUACAAUUACCUCUCCAAUUCCGAUGGCAUUGUUGCAAAGCUUGCGAUCUCCGUGCCAGGGCUGACGGAGGAGCCAGAGAUCCAGAUCUCGCCGGGGCGGGAGCUGCCAGGGAUGCUGCUGGCCGGGGACCGGUGACUGUGACCUGCACGGCCCCUGGGCGCUGCUCCGGGCCCCCUUCCCAAGUCAUCUGGACGGGGUCGUUCAGCGACACAGCC